UGCACGUGCAUUACAUUAAUGUGUCAUUUAGACUGUUCAUGAUCAACACUUGAGACGGAAACACAAAGAUGGCGCACCAGAUGUACGUAUUUGUCGUGUGUGCUUGUUUUCUCGGAUUUUCGGCUGCCCUGGGCGGUCCCCGUUUCAGAACAGGGGGUCUUUCUACCGACGCUCUGCCUGUGGACGCUGGAGCCCGAGAGGUUGUGAAUAGUGUGAAGGACGACAUUGUGGCACGUUUACCUGCUGAAGAGGCGGGGACCGGGAUAUUUGAGCCAAUUUCAUACAAAACGCAAGUAGUUGCUGGGACCAACUACUUUGUGAAGAUCAAGACGGCUGCUGAUCGCUAUAUCCACGCUCGUAUUUACCGUCAUUUCUCCGGAAGUACCUCUCUGUCCGACGUCCAGACAGGGAAAACCCUAGAGGACGAAAUCAUGUACUUCUAGAUGUACACACCGGCUGAUCGGUGUUUUAAAAGUUAUACACUCUCAAUAAAACUCAUUUUGAUCCUUGUUUACAAAUCAUAAGCAUUUAAUUAAAAUAAUUAUAUUUUCGGCUAAUAAAUGUUUU